UUUUGAACGCACCUUUAUUGCUCAAGUUCUAUUGAAAACGUAUCUUUUUUCAAGUCGGAGUAAUAUUUGAUUUUUAGGUUACUUCUGCUUAAAAGUGUUGGAAGUAUGUUUGUUCGUCAGAAAUUACUGUUUAAUACGGUAACAAAGUAUGCGAAACAGAAAAGGUAUAUCUCCGCUAUCAGCGAAGGAAAGGAUGAAGCCAAAGACAUGACAGAACCGGUGUAUCCACCCAUCGAAGACUUAAACUGGAAAGCUAUGUCGAAGAGGAAAAAGCAAGCUUGGCAUGAAAAGAUCAAAAAUAUAAAAACUGUAGAAGAGAAGCUGGUCGAGUUUAAUAUGCCACGAUAUUAUGGUUGGAAAUCGCUGUUUUUAAAUGAACAUGUAAUACCAUACAAUUCUUUGUCACAUGCACAGUAUAUUACGAGGACACACAUCAUCAAAGAGUCUGGUCUUCCAUCAUAUUACAACAAUGUAAUUCCUACUGAGCAGUUAGAUAGAAUUGUACAAACAAUAAAAAAUGAUAUAGAAGAUGAUAUAAUCUUUGAACAUUGUAUCAGAAGAAGAGAGCAUGAAAUUGAUGUUAAUAUAUCAGAUGAACAUAUUGCGAAUUUAGAAAAGGAAACAAAAAUAAAAAAUAAUAUAUGUCAAGCACUCAUUCAAAAAAUUAAUAGAACAAUACUGAUACAUCUCUCUUCUAUGUAUCCACAUUUAUUACAAACUGAAGUUGAUAUUGAGCCAAGAUUGGAAUCAUCUUGGUUUGCUGGUGGUAUAGAUCCUCCUCCCUUUAAGAAGAGAUACAGAAACAGAUUUAAAUAUUUAAAGGAUUCUAUUGAUGACCCGGUAGAUUUGCCUGUUCAAUAUCUGGGUCAGCCUGCUAUGCAUUUGAGAUAUAAGCAUCCUCUGAAAGAGAUUAUUCCUCUAAGUGAAUGCACAGAUUCAGCUUUGGAUGUACCUACAUUCAAAAUAUGCCCUUUGGUAUUGACUUAUAGACUUGGUCGUAGACAUUUGACUAAUAUACCUGGAUUUUGGCCUGGUGAUGAAAAUGAAUUUGGACUCUUAUCUUAUCAUAAUUGCACAAGUUUGCAAAGAAGAUCAAAAAAAUACAAUGAUACAUCUGAAGCACUUACUGUACAAGCAAUAUUAGCAUCUUAUAGUUGGUUAUUGUCACAAGCCUGUUAUCAAGGUUUCUCUACUUUUAAUGAUAUUGCAUAUCCCUUAACUACCCAAACGGUUAUAACAGAUGGGCAAUGGUGGUCGUUCUUUGUAUACCAACUUAAUACUACAUUGGUACACUCUGAAUACGCUGAUGAAAAUCCAAAACGUAACCUGUGUUGGGUCACAGAACCGAUAAAAUUAUUUGAUAAGAUAGAAAAUGAAAAAGUUUAUGGUUUAAAUGAAGAAGUCCUCAAGACUUUGAUUAAAUAUUACACAAAUAUUCCUGAGGAAAGAAUAGGUGUAGAUUUGAAACCAUAUUUAGGGGAAUCUAUAAAACUAAUAGCCAAUAUAAAAGGUAAUAAAAGAAGAAAUUGGCUUGAGAAACAGUAUAAGCAUCUUGUGUGUAACAGGCCAAGACACAGACGAAUACCGGAAAUAUAUGAUUGGCAAAAGAUCUAUCUUAUACGAAAUAAAACUCGUCCUAUGGAUAAGAAACGAGAACCAUGGGAAUUUGGUAUCAGAAUGUUCAAACGUAGAUUAGAUGAUCAUCAGCCACCCUAUAUACCAAGAUGCUUACGAACGAAUCCCAAGAAGAGAAAGAUAGGACGAUGGGCGGAAACGUAUUAUCCAUGAUUACAAGCGUCAAGAAAGCUAUUGAUUCAGUUGUAUUGUUUUGAUCGAAAGAAGAUGUUUCUUCUCUGGAAAAGAUUCUAUAAGAACCGCGUGUUACAAACUUGCUAAAAUGAGAAAUUGCAUAGAACAUAGGCUGUUUAUAAAACUGAUCUUUUUGCGGUAUUACAAUAAUAGGUGAAUCCACAUUA